GGAAGUAAAGAAGUGUUUAAUGGAUUUUUUAAUUUAACUGGAAUAUUUCUAGGCAAAACUGAAAUUGUUUUUGAAAUUACUUCACAAAAUAAAUCGUUAUGGGAACAAAAAGUUGUUAUAAAUAUCAUCCGUCGUCAAAGAACCAUCGAUACAAUCUUUACAGCAUCGGUUGCAAUUCUAGUUUCGUUAAUUUACAUAAAUUUUGGUUGUGCAUUAAAUUGGACUGAUGUUAAAACAACUUUAAGAAGACCUAUUGGACCAAUAAUAGGAUUAUCAUCUCAAUUUUUCUUUAUGCCAUUAGCGAGUUAUGUUUUAGGACUUAUUUUAUUCCCAGAUGAUGUUGGUUUACGGUUAGGUAUGUUUUUUACCGGAGUAGCUCCUGGUGGAGGUGCCUCGAAUAUGUGGACUGUAAUUUUAAAUGGAAAUCUUCAUCUUUCAAUAACAAUGACUACAAUAAGCACAAUAGCAGCUUUUGUGAUGAUGCCACUUUGGGUGUUUACUUUGGGAAAAACGAUUUUUCAUAGUGGAAAAAUUCCAAUACCAUACGCUCAAAUAUCAACAUAUGCAAUUGCUUUAGUUGUGCCAUUAUUAAUUGGAUAUUUAAUACAGAAGUAUUUGAGGAAUGUUGGACAAUUUUUAGCGAAAAUGUUAAAAGGAUUCGCAUCCGUUUUAUUAAUUUUUAUAAUCGUUUUUGCAAUCGUUGUUAAUUUAUAUUUGUUUAAAUUGUUUUCUUGGGAGUUGGUUAUUGCUGGUAUGGGUCUUCCAUGGCUUGGUUAUGCAUUCGCUUGGAUAUUUUCAAGAUUUGUGUGCAGACAAAAUCCAAAAGAUUCUUUAACGAUCGCCAUUGAAACUGGAAUUCAAAAUACUGGAAUUGCCAUUUUUUUACUUAGAUUUACUUUACCACAACCAGAAGCUGAUAUUACAACAAUUGCUCCAGUUGCUGUGGCUACAAUGACUCCAAUUCCAUUAUUUUUAAUUUAUAUUAUCCAAAAAAUCAAAAACCGAAGGCAACCUGAAGAACAUGUUAAUGGAAAGCCUCCAGAAGAUAAUGUUGCUCCAAAUUAUCAAAGCAUCACAUCAUAAGCCAUAUCAUUUUUUUUAUAAAGUGCAAUAAACAAAAUAAAUAGAAUUUAUACUGUAAUAGAAAUAAAAAUAA